AGAAGGAGAAACACACACACACACGGGAUGGUAUGUUGUGCAUGAAGGUCCAAUGCCCAGGUGCCGAGACGACCAGUUCUACCUGUUCUGAGCCGCAAGACAGACGUACAUUCAUUUCUCUCCGUACAUCGGUUCUUUUUUCUUGAAAUUUCUUUCUCAAACAGACAACAAAGUUUCGGGUUUCGUAUAUUUGAAUACGCGGAGCAAACACAAACUGUCAGAAAGUAAUUGGCUACCGGCAACGAAUAAUUUCGAGUUGCCGAGUCUCAAAGAGUGGCCGUCGUGUCGUAAUCCAGUGAAAACACAAGUGCGUGCGUCUAUGUGAGAGUGUGAUUGUGCUUCCUUCUUUCCUGUUUCGUGUUUGCAUGUGCUAAAUCAAAAUUCAGAAAUUCAAACAACAACAAAAAAAAAAGGGCGCCAUUACUCAAAAUUUCGAAAAAAGAAGGAAAUCUUCAAGACGUACUUCAAUUCCUUUUUCUUUUUCCCUACUGUUCAAUCUUUCCUCGCUCCUCUCCAAACAAAACAACGCACAAAAAAAUUGAAUUAACAAACGAAACAAAAAAAGAGAUCAUGGGUCGAAUGAAAUCGUUGCAGCCGACCGAAGCCGGAAUCCACAACCUGUUUUCAGUCCGAUACCGCCGGCUGGUCGACGAGAACAAUCACAACAACAUCAACAACAAUAAUAAUCACCAUCAUCACAACAACAACAACAACGCCCAACUGGUCAUGCAAAAUUUGAUCCGCAUGAAGUUGUCGCAGGAUUAUAUCGCCUAUUGUUGCGGCCAGUGCGGUCAUCAUCAACGACUCGACAUCAAGGCGGACGAACUACAUAACAUCGGUGACGCGCUCCGUAUGUCGUGCACCAGCGUCGGCACCAAGACGCCAUCAACAGACGCAGCUGCUGCUGCCACCACAUCUACUACAUUGGUCCUUUCAACAACGACGCCCAGCGACGCAAAGUUAAUCAACUUGCCGGCGCCAACGGUCAAGAACGGUCAUACCACUUGGACGAGGCAAUUUCACGACAAGAACCGGCAACAUAGCAAAGCCAACAACAUCGAAAAAUCAGCUGCAUUGGUCGAAGCUCCGGAAAAUAACCUGGCCGAGAUGAACAAAUGCAAGUGUAGCAAAGAUACGACAAAGACGCUCAUCAAGGGAAGCGCAGGUGGCAACACUGGAGAGGGUAGAGCUCAAGGAAUUGGGGCAGCCCUAGUUAUGCCUUUCCAUUCGCACCACCCCGUCAUGAUGGGUUACAAGCCUCUACUGUCGUCCAUCGACUUCAGCGCGAACGGAACACCGACAUCCGUCAAAGCAUCCACGCACAACACGUCGUGCAACAACAGCGCCGGAACAUCGUCUUGCAGCUCGUCAAGGUCUGUGUCGCCCUCAUCGGCCAACGAAGGUUACCUCCCCACUUUGCCCGUGCGGACGGAUAGCCUGGCCAAUCUGGAAGAGGAAGCCCUGCUCAAAUGUGCUCCUUGGUUCCAGGCCGGAAUUCCAAGGGAAAUAUCUUUGGAGAUAUUGCAACAAGAACCGGUGGGAGCGUUCCUGGUUCGCGAAUCGACUUCAAAACCGGGUUGCUACGCGCUAUCGGUUCGUGUCCCGAAAGAAUGUCAAAAACCUACCAUUGCUCAUUAUCUAAUCACGCAAACCAACAGAGGAUUCAAAAUAAAGGGAUUUACUAAAGAGUUUCCAAGUCUCACGUCCUUGAUUGUGCACCACUCCGUUAUGCAAGAACUCUUGCCCUGCCCUCUCUUGCUGCAUCGCCCAUCAUCCGGACUCCUGGCCGACUACCUGGAACAUGCCAACAACUUUGUCGACAUUGACUCGAGCGUCCUGCUCGAACUGACCCGUAAAAAAGGCAUCGAAUAACUACGUCAAAGCUGAUGAGUUCUUUUUAAUCGUUAAUUUCUUUCCAAUUUUCUGUAAACAUUUGUACACACAUCAUUCUUUGACCCUUCCCCCCUCUCCCAACCAAUUGUUGUUUCCAAUUUUACUCCUAUUAUAUUAUAUAUACUCAAGUCUUGAAGGUAAUUUUUUUUCCAUAUAUAUACCUAGUCGCUUCAGUUUUUUUUCUUAUCUCCCCGGGCAAUUUUUUCUUGAGACUGGUAAACAUCCCACCCCUCCCUUCCUUACUGCAACUUCCAUUUUGGCAACAAGAUUGAUAUUUAAAAAGCCGUUCAACGAUAUUUAAUUGCAUUUGCAAGUACAAAGCGGCGUUUGAAUGACAUUGAAAACAAUCAAACUUUCAAACUUAAAAAUUUGAAGUCGUCAACAAGUGGCCUACAUCGACGAUUUCAGAAAACCAUUUUCUUUUUUUUUUCCUUUAAAAUGGAGGUUUACAUAUGUAUAUGAAUAUAACAAUUCCGGCAAUAAAAAUAAACGAAUGGAUAACCUGUG